AACUCAGCGCCGCAGAAAACGUGAUCAACGCUAGAGAAGCAGAGCCAGUGAGUGAGAGUGUGUUUGAACUUCGAACUCGAAAACGAUGUCGUUUUUCUCCGCAACUGCAACCGUUCCUCAAAACCUCACCUUCGCUUCCUCUAACAAACUCUCAUUUUCUCUCUCAUCAUCUUCUUCUUCUACGUCGUCGUUUAACUCUCUCUCAUUUCCCUCAUUUCAAUUCAACUUCUGCAAAAGCAUAACUACCUCACCCCAAAUCACACGCGCUCACGCGCCUCCUACUCCUGCAACCACAACCACCGCCGCCUCAUCCUUCCAUGGCAUCUGUUACGUCGUCGGCGACAACAUCGACACCGAUCAGAUCAUUCCCGCCGAACAUCUCACUCUCGUCCCUUCCAAGCGCGACGAGUACGAGAAGCUAGGUUCCUUCGCCCUAAUCGGACUUCCCGAUUCGUAUUCCGUCCGAUUCGUUGAACCCGGGGAGAUUAAAACCAAAUACUCAAUCAUAAUCGGCGGUGCUAAUUUUGGCUGUGGAUCCUCCCGUGAACACGCGCCGGUUGCGUUAGGUGCUUCUGGUGUCGCUGCUGUUGUGGCGGAAUCCUAUGCAAGGAUCUUUUUCAGAAACUCGGUGGCUACUGGUGAGGUGUAUCCGUUGGAGUCAGAGACGAGGUUGUGUGAGGAGUGUCAUACGGGAGAUGUGGUCACGGUUGAGCUCGAGGAGAGUCGUUUGAUCAAUCAUACGACUGGGAAGGAGUAUCAGUUGAAGCCGAUUGGAGAUGCUGGUCCGGUCAUUGAGGCUGGUGGCAUCUUUGCUUAUGCUAGGAAAACCGGCAUGAUUCCUACUCGAUAAGCGUUCAAGAAGGUUAUGAUCUGUUCUCAGUUGAAAGUUUAAGUGAUGUUGGCAUGCAGCAGUAGAUGUUUUAAGAGGCACGGGUUUGCUGAUUCUAUUCAGAUACUUGUUAAGCAGCUUUGAUAAAAAUUAGUAUUGUAAUUUGGCAUUAGAAUUGUUAACUAUUGUUAAAUAUAAAUUGUUAACUAUUAGAACAUUUGAAACUUUGGAUACAAGUUGUGUUAACAUUUUAUUUUAUACUUAUUUCAAGUCCGAUUUAUGGAGA